AUGUUAAUUGCGCCAUGGUUUUGUGAUGGUUGUGGAAGACAAAAUGGUAUUACAAGAUAUCAAUGUCAACAUUGUCGUGGAUUAAAUACAUAUGAUUUAUGUGAUCAAUGUAUAUUACAUGCACCGACAUUACAUCCUCAUCAUAGAUUUCAAUUAAUACAACAAGCUGGAGUUGGUACACCAACUAAUUGGGUUGGCCGAGAACAGCGAGCCGUACUUUAUUAA